AUGCAAAAAAUUGCUGCUGAAAACAAUCUCUCUGAAACGGCUUUCUUUGUGCCGAAUCCCAGCAAUGAUAAAUAUGAACUUCGCUGGUUUUCGCCCACGCUCGAAGUAGAUCUAUGUGGUCAUGCAACAUUGGCGACGGCGCAUAUUAUUUUCACUGAAAUGUCUCCUACAAAAGAGGAAAUUCACUUUCAGACCAAGAAAGCUGGUGAACUUAUAGUUACCCGUCAAAAGGAGAAUGCUUUAUAUACCCUCAAUUUUCCAGCCCGUCCAGCAGACAAAGCCGAUUUGCCUGAUGCAAUGUUGUCAGCAUUAUGCAGCGAAAUAGCUCCCAUCGGUGUUUACAAAGCGAGAGACUAUUUGCUCGUUUAUGAGAACGAGGCUAGCAUCAAACAAUUGUCGCCGGAUUUUAUGGUAUUAGGCAAAAUCGAUGCUGUUUUUGCUGUGAUUGUUACAGCUCCUGGUGAUGAAGUCGAUUUUGUUUCGCGAUUCUUUGCUCCGAGUGCCGGCGUUCCUGAAGAUCCCGUUUGUGGUUCAGCACAUUGUACUCUAACUCCUUAUUGGGCUGAACGAUGA